AUGGAGCUGCAGAGCCGGCCCGAGGCUCUCGCCGUGGAACUCGCGCGCCACCAGAACGGCGACCUCAAGAAACAGCUCCACGAGAGGCAGCCGCGGAUCGCCGCGCUCAACGACAAACAAGCUUUGGGAACCAUCACUGCAGUGCCUGUCACAGGUCCUCAGGUGAGCUCCUUGCAGAGGUUGGCCGGGCAAGGAGCGGCAGUGCUACCUCAGGUUAGGCCAAAGACUCUGAUUCCAGACAGCCUCCCCGUCACCCCGGGCCGGGACCGGCCACCCAAGCAGCCCCCAACCUUCCAGAAGGCCACCGUGGUCAGUAUCAAGAACCCCAGCCCAGCCCUCCCCACUGCCAACAACACCGUGAGCCAUGUGCCAACGCCCGGCAGCCAGCCCCGUGCCCUCGCCGAGCCUGCCACCGUCACCUCUCCUCUGAGCAGUGCCGGGGUGGCCUACGCCCUCAUCUCCACCGCCCCCAGCAAUGCCACCGCCAUGGCCCCCAGCACCGCCGUGUCCGUGGUCAGCGACAGCGUCAAAGUCCAGCCCCUCCUCAUCAGUGCCGACAACCAGGUCAUCAUCAUUCAGCCUCAAGUGCAGACGCAGCCCGAGAACACGGCGGAGUCACGGCCGCCCACAGAGGAGCCAUCUCAGGGAGCUCAGGCCACCAAAAAGGAGAAGGAAGACCGGCCCCCGAGCCAGGAGAACCCCGAGAAAAUCGCCUUCAUGGUAGCGCUGGGCCUGGUGACGACGGAGCAUCUGGAAGAAAUCCAGAGCAAGCGCCAGGAGCGGAAGAGACGAAGCACAGCGAACCCCGCCUACAGCGGCCUCCUGGAGACAGAGAGGAAGCGGCUGGCGUCCAACUAUCUCAACACCCCCCUGUUCCUCACAGCAAGAGCCAAUGAGGACCCCUGCUGGAAGGUACCUAUCAUGGCUAGUCUUUCUCAAUCUGCCUGCAAGCGAGGGGCCAACCUGCAGCCCUGCGGUACCUGCCCAGGGGCCUACCACCUCAGCUGCCUGGACCCGCCCCUCAAGACAGCACCCAAGGGCGUGUGGGUGUGCCCCAAGUGCCAGCAGAAGGCCUUAAAGAAAGACGAAGGUGUGCCCUGGACCGGGAUGCUGGCUAUUGUGCACUCCUACGUCACCCACAAGACAGUCAAAGAAGAGGAGAAGCGGAAGCUGCUGCAGAGAGGCAGCGAGCUGCAGAGCGAGCGCCGGCAGCUGCAGGAGCGGGACCGGCUCCUGGCCUCGGCAGUGAAGAAAUGCCUGGAGCUUAAGACGAGCCUGCUGGCCCAGCAGAGGGGCACCCAGUCGUCCCUGGACCGCCUGAGGGCCCUCCUGAGACUGAUACAGGGCGAGCAGAUGCUCCAGGUCACCAUGACGACCACCAGCCCCGCCCCGCUGCUGGCCGGGCCCUGGACCAAGCCCUCAGCAGCGGCCAUGCACUCUGCCCUCCAGCACCCCCCGGGGCACAACUGA